AUGGCUUCUCUCGACGCUUAUUCUUCUUACUCUUCCUCAGCUUCCAUCUCUGGUCUCCGUUCAUUACCUAAUCAAUUGCAGACAUGGAAUCUUUUCUACCUCAAGUGCCCAUCCUCUCGCCGUUAUCCAUCCUCCCCUUCCCCUUUCUCCACCCUCACCUCUUCCCUCCACGUCCCAGCUGCCCUUGCCGCCGCCCCUUCCCCUGCUCGACUACGUCCCCGCGCCGAUAGCAUCGACCUAGACAACGACCCAAUCUCCCUCCUCCACCUCAGAAUUCGCCGCUACCACACCAGCCGGGAUUCCUCCUCCAGACCUGCCAUGGACUCCAAGGAGGCCGAUAAAUACAUUCAGCUGGUGAAGGAGCAGCAGCAGCGAGGUUUGCAGAAGUUGAAGGGAGAAAGGCAGUCCAAGUCCAACUCUGACGCCGGAGGAUUUAGCUAUAAGGUCGACCCCUACACACUCUGUCCCGGAGACUACGUCGUCCACAGGAAGGUCGGUAUUGGGAAGUUUGUCGCCAUCAAGUUCGAUAUCCCUAGCCCUUCUUCUCCGCCUAUCGAGUAUGUCUUCAUCGAAUACGCUGACGGCAUGGCCAAGCUCCCUCUUCACCAGGCCUCUCGCUUGCUUUAUCGUUACAAUCUCCCCAACGAAACGAAAAGGCCUCGGGCGCUGAGCAAAUUGAGCGACCCAGGUGCGUGGGAGAAGAGAAAGACCAAAGGUAAGGUUGCAAUUCAGAGAAUGGUUGUUGACUUGAUGGAGUUGUAUUUGCACCGGCUAAAGCAAAGACGGCCUCCUUACCCGAAGAAUGCUGCCGUGGCUGAGUUUGAAGCUCAUUUUCCUUAUGAACCCACGCCUGAUCAGAAACUGGCUUUCCGUGAUGUUGAGAGGGAUCUAACUGAGAGGCAAACUCCAAUGGACCGAUUGAUAUGUGGGGACGUUGGUUUUGGGAAAACAGAAGUUGCUUUGCGUGCCAUAUUCUGUGUUAUCUCAGCAGGAAAGCAAGCAAUGGUUUUGGCACCAACAAUUGUCCUGGCCAAGCAACACUAUGAUGUUAUUUCAGAACGUUUUUCUAAGUAUCCUGAUGUCAAGGUCGGACUUCUUAGUCGGUUUCAGACCAGAGCAGAAAAGGAAACUUAUCUGCAAAUGAUCAAACAUGGUGAUUUGGACAUAAUUGUUGGGACUCACUCACUUCUUGGAAGCCGUGUUGUGUAUAACAAGUUGGGUCUUCUUGUUGUUGAUGAAGAACAGAGGUUUGGUGUCAAACAAAAGGAGAGGAUAGCUUCUUUCAAAACUUCUGUUGAUGUGCUUACUCUCUCAGCAACUCCAAUACCUCGAACUCUUUAUUUAGCACUCACCGGAUUCCGUGAUGCUAGUUUAAUUUCAACUCCACCACCUGAAAGGGUUCCUAUAAAGACCCAUUUGUCUCCAUACAACAAAGAGAAGGUAGCAUUGGCAGUAAAAAAUGAGUUGGACCGGGGAGGCCAAGUGUUUUAUGUCUUGCCACGUAUUAAAGGACUAGAAGAAGUUAAAGAUUUCCUUGAACAUUCAUUUCCUGAUGUCGAAAUAGCCCUUGCUCAUGGGAAACAAUACUCAAAGCAACUUGAGGACACCAUGGAGAAAUUUGCGCUAGGUGAAAUAAAGAUUCUCAUAUGUACCAAUAUAGUAGAAAGUGGGCUUGAUAUACAGAAUGCAAAUACCAUCAUAAUUCAAGAUGUUCAGCAAUUUGGACUGGCACAACUGUAUCAGUUACGUGGAAGAGUGGGCCGGGCAGAUAAGGAAGCUCAUGCUUACCUAUUUUAUCCCGACAAAUCAUUCCUAACUGAUCAAGCCCUGGAGAGACUGCAAGCAAUGGAAGAAUGCCGAGAACUUGGACAGGGUUUCCAAAUUGCUGAAAGAGACAUGGGUAUAAGAGGCUUUGGGACAAUCUUUGGUGAGCAACAAACUGGGGAUGUGGGGAAUGUUGGCAUUGAUCUCUUCUUUGAAAUGCUUUUCGAGAGCUUGUCCAAGGUCGAAGAGCACUGUGUGGUAUCAGUUCCUUACAAUUCUGUUGAGAUUGAUCUGAAUGUAAAUCCCCAUCUUUCUUCCGAAUACAUAAAUUAUCUGGAGAACCCCAUUAAAAUUAUUGGUGAAGCAGAGAAAGCUGCAGAGAAAGACAUUUGGAGUCUGGUACAGUUCACAGAGAAUUUGAGGCGCCAAUAUGGAAAAGAGCCCCACACCAUGGAAAUUUUACUGAAGAAACUAUAUGUGAGGAGAAUGGCUGCAGAUAUGGGAAUAAUGAGAAUAUAUGCUUCAGGAAAGAUGGUUGGCAUGAAAACAAACAUGAGCAGAAGAGUUUUCAAGCUGAUGACAGACUCUCUGUCUUCAAAUGUGCAUGGGAACUCCUUGGUCAUUGAAGGAGACAUAAUAAAGGCAGAAUUACUACUGGAGCUCCCAAGUGAACAGCUGCUAAAUUGGGUGUUCCAGUGUUUGUCGGAACUUCAUGCUUGUCUGCCUUCCCUCAUAAAAUACUAG